AUGGAAGACCAUCAAAAGAGAAAUGGAGCUGCAUCUGCAGCUACAGCAACAACAGCAGCAACAGAUACAGUUGUUGUCAGCAAACGAGACAAGAGGAAAAGCAAUAUUGCUACUCGAUUGAACAAACUCGAGCUCACAUUCAAAAAUGAUCGAGAUAUGUUUUAUCGCAAUAGCUUGCAUGAUUUACAAAAUAAAUUGGCCAGCUUGCAACAAGGUACCGAUGAGGAGUACCUUACACAAAAGAUCCAACUAGAAGAGACAAGAGAUUAUGAAUUGACCAAAUUACGAUUGUGGGAAGAGUAUCAAGUGAAACGUGUUGAAAAAGAGUAUCUCUCGGAUAUGGAGCGGGCCCAGGAGAAUUACGAUCGAAUGAUUAAACUUAUAAAGGAGAAAUUGUAUGAUAAAUUACAGAAACAGAUUAAGAAUUUGAAAGAAGACAAGUAUUUGCUUAAUGUGUUGAAUAGCAAUAGCUACAACAACAACAACAACAGCAAUAAUAGCCUCAAUGGAAGUGGCUCGGGAACGGGAACGGGAACGGGAACGGGAGGAGGCAGUUGUGAUUCAGCAUUUGUAGCACAAGCAGUGAAUCUUCGGUUACGGAAACGCGAUCACACUGGGUUGAGCGAUAUAGACGAUUUGUCGGACGGAGGUGGUGGACCCGGAACCAGAAGUGGAAGAGAAACUGGUGGAGGAAAUGGUUCUUCUGCUUCAUUGUAUCAUCACAAUGGCCUGGGCUACUUAUCACUGAGUUCAAAACGGAGAAAACCAUAUACGAGAUAUUCAUCCAAUGACGAAAUGUCUAGCUCAAAUGCUAGUGCCACACCACGAUUUAACAAAAACCACAUCAAUAACCACCAUAAUAGUGCAACCAGUGGACAUGGAAGCGGUUAUGAAUCCAAUUUAAGUGACAAGGACUAUGAUGCGCUCAAUACCUUGAUUAUGGAAGAUGGAAAUUUCAUAUAUGACAGUAUGGGUGGAGGCAAAGAAAAUGGCAAUGGGAAUGGUGUAGGUGGAAGUGGAAGUGGAAAUGGCAGUGGAAGCAGCAGUCAUAGAGUCCAAACUAGAGGAUCACAUAAACAAUUUGUUGGACCACAAGGAUUGAAAGCGGAGGAGUUGAAUGAAGAUUUGGCUCUUUUGCGCACAGCCAUAGUCAAGAAAGAAAGGUGA